AUGGCGACUGCGCGCGAGCCGGACGUGACGGCCGAGUUCGGGGGCGAGCGCAACGUCGCUCAGCUGCACAAGAUCAGCCGCGACUUUCGGAGCGACACGCUGACGGUGCCGACGGAUGCGCAACUGCGCGCGGCAGCGACAGCGACGCGCGGCGACGACGUGUAUGCCGAGGACGCGGAUGUGUGUGCGCUCGAGCGCCGCAUCGCGCUGCUCGCGGGCAAGGAGGCGUGCCUCUUCGCGGCGAGCGGGACGAUGACGAACCAGCUCGCGAUCCGCUCGCACCUCGUGCAGCCGCCGCAUGCGGUGCUCGUCGACGCGCGCGCACACGUGCACCAGUACGAGGCGGGGGGGAUCGCGCUGUUCUCGCAGGCGACGACACACACCGUGUCGCCGAGAGGCGAGCACAUGACGGCCGAGGAGGUCGAGGGCGCGCUGCAGCUCGGGAGCGACGUGCAUCGCGCGCCGACGCGUCUCGUCUGUCUUGAAAACACGCUGAGCGGCAUCGUGUUCCCGCAGGCCGAGAUCGUCAAGAUCGCCGCCCUCGUCCACGCCCACGGCAUACCGCUGCACCUGGACGGCGCGCGCGUGUGGAACGUGGCCGCGCGCGCGGCGGACGAGCGCGGGCUGGGUACGGGGGAGGACGCACUGCGCACUGUGCUGUCCGACCUGCUGGCGCCGUUCGACAGCGCGUCCCUCUGUCUCUCGAAGGGUUUGGGUGCGCCGAUCGGGAGCGCGCUCGUCGGCCCAAAGAAGCUCGUCGACCGCGCGCGCUGGUUCCGCAAAGCGUUCGGCGGCGGGUGGCGGCAGGCCGGCAGCCUGGCCGCCAUGGCGGACCAUGCGAUCACGCACCACUUCCCGCGCUUGGCGGGGACGCAUGCGCUCGCGCGCCGCCUCGCGGCAGGCCUUGAGGACGCGGGGUAUACGCUCGCCGCGCCUGUGGACACGAACAUGGUGUUCUUUGAGCCGCCGCGGGGCAUUACGGUCGACGCGGUGGGGCAGGCGCUCGCGGCGCUGCCGGACCCCAUUGCGAUUGCGGGCAACCGGUGUGUGCUGCACCACCAGACGAGUGCGGCGGCGGUGGACGAGUUUGUGGAGGUUGCGCGUCGGCUGGUGGAGGAGGCGGGGGAGGUUGGGGAGGGCCGGGAGGGGCGAGAGGGGCCGGAGCGGAAGCGCGCGAAGCUGGGCUACUAG